AUGGCUGUUUUGUCGUUGUUUGACCCCUUAAUACUAGAACAUAUCAACUGUUCUGAGUUGAUCAAGAAACAUGUAGUCCAUAUAAACUGUCAGAGUCCUAAAACGAUUCCGAAAAUACGGCCUCUAUUAUCAUCUGAUUAUGAUUAUCUUGCUUUAUUAAAACAGUUAACCGUAGUUGGGAAGAUAGAACAGAGGGAAUUUGAUGAAAGAUUUUCUUUGAUGGCCUCUUGCUUGGAUACAUAUUUUAUUGUAGUUUUAGAAGAUGCUACAACAAGUAGAAUCAUUGGAGCAGCAACUCUCUUCAUAGAGUUAAAGUUCAUUCACCAAUGUUCAAAGCGUGGUCAUAUUGAGGAUGUUAUAGUCGAUUCAAGAUAUCGCGGGAUGAAUUUUGGAAGACUGUGUGUGUGUGUAUGUGUGCAACAAUUAAUUCUGCUGAUAUUCUAUUUUCAUUAUUUCUAUUUCGAAAAUUCAAUUGAACAUAUGAAUUAUAGCUAGCAGUGGAGUAUAAGUAUGGUUGGAGACUGUUGGUGACAUGGUUCAGAAUGGAUCACAAUGGCGUAGGUGUAUACACUCUCUGUCUUCCCUUAAACUAUGAGAUUAAAAUCGCUUCAUAUCUUUCUUUCCAUGAACUAAUUCUUUCUUCCUGUACUAUAUCCUUAUAUGCAAUCUUUCUUUUAUAUAUUACCACCUCUGAAUUAACUACCUUUAUGAAUCCGGUGUCCAUCAUGUUGUGUUAAUGAGGUAUGGCAACUUGGACCGAUGCAUAUAUGUGUCUGGUCCUACGUUGUAGCUGACUGACUGUGGAGUAUAAGUUACACUUUUUAUCCUAUUUAGGACUCUUCAGUUUGAUAUUUACCUUUAUUCCAGUAUUAAUGUUUAUAUUAGGACUUGAACUCAAUACCUUUCGCUUUAAAGGUCUUAGGUGUUAUUAAGUCAACUAUUGAAUCUAGAUAGUCACUAGUUAAAAUGUUAUUUCAAUAGUAGCAACUUUAACACAUGUUUAUGUAUUCUCUUAUCAGCUGUACUAAAUGUAUAUUGAAUUAAUG